AUGUCAAAUCCUGCUGCAAAGUAUCAGAAGGCGCAGAGUGCGCUGGAGGAGUUGAUUGUGGCGAGGCAGAAGCUGGAGACGCAGUUGCAAGAGAACAAGAUAGUCAUUGAGGAGUUCGACGCGUUGAAGGAGGAUUCGAAAGUGUACAAGCUGACGGGCAGUGUUUUGCUGCCUGUUGACCAGGACGAGGCGCGCACGAAUGUGGACAAACGGCUGGAGUUUAUCAAUGGUGAGAUCGACAGGUGCGAGGAGAACAUCAAAGAGAAACAGGAGACGUUGGAAGGGUUGAGAUCCGAGCUGAUGAAGCUACAGGCUGCUGCACAGGCCAAUGCCGCGGCACCCACAGCAUCAGCGAAAUAG